AUGGUUUCUUUCAAGUCCCUCGCUUCAGCGGGUUUCGUUCUCGCUGGUCUUGUUUCUGCUCAUCCUGGUGAGAAGCAUGAUCAUCAGAAGAUUAAGAGACAGAUUCAGACCCGUGAUACUAUCGCCAACUUGGGCCAGAGGUCCUUGAACCAGUGUUCUGGUUCUUUGCAUGCUCGGGAGUUGAAGGCUCGUUCGAUUGCUCGCCGAGCUGAGAAGGUCGAGCAGCUCCGCAAGAGACUUGGUAUCAAGAGUGCCGCUAAGAAGCAUCGCCGCGAUGAGGACGAUAUUGUCAAGUGGGAGGCUGUCAACCACAACAAGACUGGAGUCUCGGACAACAACAUGUUCACUCCUCUCGAGACAGUCUUUGGCGCCAACUCCAGCUGUAUCCUUUCUCCCGAGAUCACUGCCGGUCCUUACUACAUCGUCGGCGAAUAUCUACGAUCCAACGUCAUCGAAACCGAGUUCUGUGACGGUGUCCCUCUGUUCCUCGAAGUCCAAUACGUCGAUGUCUCUACCUGCAAUGGAGUCCCCAACUUGGCUACUGAUGUCUGGAACUGCAAUGCCACUGGUGUUUACUCCGGCGUUAGCUCCCAAGCCGGUCUGAACACCACUUUCCUUCGCGGUAUUCAGAUCACCGACCACGAUGGUGUUGUUCAGUUUGAGACUAUUUUCCCUGGUCACUAUGAGGGACGUGCUACCCAUACUCAUCUCCUCACUCACGCCAAUGCAUCGGUCUCUUCCAACGGCACUAUUCAGGUCUACAACAGCCCUGUUCAGCACAUCGGACAGCUUUUCUGGCCUGAGGAUCUUCGUGAGGAAGUUGAAGCUCUUGCCCCCUACAACACCAACACUGUUGAAGUGACCACCAACGAGGAGGAUAUGUGGUCUGUCCUCCAGGCCGAUGAGUCUUAUGACCCUUUCCCUCAGUACGUCUACCUGGGAGACUCUGUCAAGGAUGGAAUCUUUGCUUGGAUUCAGAUUGGUAUCAACACUACUGCGGACUAUACCUCGGAUGAGUACUACGGCGUUGCUGGAUACUUGGCUAGCGAUGGUGGUCAUGCUUUGGACAGUGGUAUUGGUGGAGGCGGUGGCGGCGGCCAGGGAGGUGAGCCUCCUUCGGGCAGUGGAACCCCUCCUGCUGGCCAGCCCACUGGAACUCGCUCUGCCUAA